AUGUCCGUUGCCAAAAAGGCCUCCCAUCCGUCUUCGACCUCCAUGCACACAACAUUUCCUACAAGAACGGUCGUCGUUCUAGGCGGUUCCUAUGGAGGCUCAAGAGCUGCUCAAGUUCUUGCGAAGGGUAUGCCGCAGGGUUGGAGAGUUGUGUUGGUAGAUAGAAAUUCACAUAUGAAUCACGUUUACAACUUUCCUAGAUAUGCUGUUCUAGCCGGUCACGAACAUAAAGCAUUUAUUCCAUACAAUAACUUCCCUACUAGUUCUCUGUCAGACAUUCCUUCGUGUUCAUCUCAUGUUCGGGUGCAAGCAACUAUCAUCUCUAUAGACGACCAUCGCAUCACUCUCUCUCCGAAUCUGCCAGGAUCACAACAAUCAUACGUGGACUUGGAGUUUGACUAUGCCAUUUAUGCUCUCGGCUCUCACUUGCCCCAGCCCAUAGACCUUUGGAGUCACCAAAAAGAAGGUAUAAUGAAGUCGAGUUUGGAACCACCAGAAAUACCAACCUACGGAGGAACGAAGUCGGAGGGUAUCUCAUCCCUCCAAGAACGCCAGAAACGCGUGGAGGCUGCCAGGUUCGUGUUGGUGGUAGGUGGCGGUGCGCUUGGUAUUCAGUUUGCUUCCGAUAUCGCUGCCCUAUACCCACAAAAGCACGUCACGCUUCUGCAUUCCCGUCGUCGUUUAUUGCCAAAGUUUGAUGACGCGAUGCAUGAAGAGGCCCUUCAAGGUUUGCAGGAGCUGAACGUUAGGGUUAUUCUUGGAGAGCGACUUGAUUUCGAGUCUCUCCAACGCACAUCUGCUACGCAAGGAUCUUCCGAACCGCGUGUAGUACGGACUCUAUCUGGGCAGGAGAUAUCUGCUGACCUACUGCUCCUAUGCACUGGUCAAACACCGAACACGGGGCUCCUUCGCGACAUGGACCCUCGUGCUGUAUCACCAGACACUGGACUGGCACAUGUUCUACGGACUAUGCAACUUUGCGUCCCACCACCCUCUUUUGAGCCUCACAAGUUGCGGGCAGAUGAUCCCUACCUAUGCCAAAAGACUUUAUACCCGAAUAUCUUCGUCGUGGGCGAUGCAGCAGAUGCGUUCGAUGCGAUCAAAGCUGGGCAUACAUCAUAUUAUCAAGCGGAGGUUGCCGCUCGGAAUAUCCUGCGCCUCAUCCCUCGAGAUGAGAAAGUUGGGAUUGCGGCCGGGGACGACCUAGGUUCGGAGCUCGAGGAGUAUGCGCCUGGGCCUCCGGCCAUUAAAGUGACUCUUGGUAUGACGAAGUCGGUAUAUGAGGUGAACGGGGUUGUGGGCACGAAAACUGAUGGUGUGGAAGAUUUGGGUGUUGCUGUUAUGUGGGCGGCGCGUGGAAUGCGCAAUGUGACUGAGGAGGAAAUGUUUGAAUAA